GAACCGUCCAUCGAACGACGUCGUUGCAUUGCAUUUUUCGCUUUUCAACUCGUUUUCCUUCAAAUCACGCAGACAGGAAAGGGAGGCAAUUAAUGAAGCCCAAGAGCUUAAAUUGAAACACAGGGGGAAUUUUUCAUUCGUCUUUCGUCUUUAAAGCUCUUUGCUUGUCCCAAUUAGGGUUUAUCAGUGUGCUUUUGCACUUGGUUCUCUAAACCAGAUGCAAACGGAGUCGAGGGUAGGAGUGGUGGUGGAAGGAGGGCAGAGAGCCAUGAAUUCUACUCACGGAGCCGUCGCCGUUGCCGUCGAUAGAUCCGGGGCGCGUAAAUUGUCUAGGAUACCUCAGCAGCAACCGACAAUAUCGCAGAUCGGGACAAUAUCUCAGCUUCUCGCUGGCGGCGUCGCCGGUGCUCUUAGCAAAUCUUGCACCGCUCCGCUUGCGCGCCUCACCAUACUUUUUCAGGUGCAAGGCAUGCACACUGAUGCUGCAACAUUGAGAAAAGCUAGCAUAUGGCGUGAGGCUUCACGAAUUGUUAGUGAAGAAGGUUUCAGAGCUUUUUGGAAAGGGAAUCUGGUUACAAUCACUCAUCGUCUACCCUACUCGUCUGUUAACUUCUACGCAUAUGAGCACUAUAAAAAGUUCCUACAUAGUAUUCCUGGACUCGCAAAUCAUAAGGAAAAGAAGGGUGUAGAUCUUUUUGUACAUUUCAUUGGUGGUGGUUUGGCUGGAAUCACAGCUGCAUCUACUACAUAUCCGUUGGAUCUUGUAAGAACACGCCUUGCGGCUCAGACAAAUGUGAUGUACUACCGAGGUAUUUGGCAUGCCUUGCAAACUAUUAGCAGGGAAGAGGGUGUAUUAGGCCUCUAUAAGGGACUUGGGGCAACACUUCUGGGUGUUGGCCCUAGUCUUGCUAUUAGCUUUUCAGUUUACGAGUAUUUGAGAUCUUUUUGGCAGUCAAAUAGGCCCCAAGAUUCCACUGUUGUUGUCAGUCUGGCUUGUGGCAGUCUUUCAGGCAUUGCAUCAUCGACCGUUGCUUUUCCUCUGGAUCUUGUAAGGAGAAGAAAACAAUUGGAAGGGGCUGGUGGACGAGCAUGUGUUUACAAGACCGGGCUUUUCGGUAUAUUUAGGCAUAUAAUCAAAGCGGAAGGUUUUCGUGGUCUGUAUAGAGGAAUUAUGGCUGAAUACUACAAAGUUGUUCCUGGUGUUGGCAUAUGUUUUAUGACUUACGAGACACUGAAGAUAAUUUUAGCAGACGUGACUGCCAAAUUGUAGUUGAUGCCCAUGUGACUGAAGUUUGUUCCACAUCUUCUAAAUCAAAAGGCUAAUGUAUUUACUAACAAUAUUGUAUUGGCUUUCUCCUAGUGGUUAGUUUUGUGCUGCUGCUGUGAGAAAAAUGUUUUCCCUUGUAUAGAUGGGUUAUCAUUUCAAGUGCCAUGUCAAAUACGCUUAUCUGAUGUAUUUCUGAUGGCAUUCCCAUUGAUGAAUUUUACAA